AUGGCAGAUUUCAUCUAUUCAGAGUAUCGCGAUGUCGUUCGUGUCGACGCGGACACCAUGGUGCCGCAGGCUGGUUACAGAUACUUCGCCGCCGAUGACUACCCGCUGCCAUCUUUGCAAUAUGCUCGCGAGAUGACACUUGCAAGAGGCCGCAUUCUCUACGAAGUCUGGGACCACUGGCGCAACAUGUUUGUCGGGUACAUCGUGCCCAGCCCCGUCUUCCACGAAGCGCUUGCCCAUCGCGACGGGCCCAGUCCAUCAGUCUGGUCCAACCUUCGCCCUGAUCGCCGCCUGAUCUGCCACCAGACCUACCGCAUCAUUACCGAACGUUUCCCUCGCGUCCAUCUCAUGUCUGCGAGACUCAUCACCGAGAGCUGCUUCUCCGAAUACGACCGAAUGUCUGUUCCAUCACAUCAAUUCAUCGAAGCUGCAGUCGUCGAACAUGUGAGGAACUUCUGGACCUAG